AUGUGGUUGGCCACCCGGGCUCCACUUCACCCUGGCUCCCCAUGCCAUGAAUCAGAGCUCCUUCCGGAGCCCGCUUGCAGCUCACACGCUCUACCCAAACCAAUGUGGACGAGCGCCAUGGAAACGCCUCUGGAAAAGGCCUUGGCAACCCUGGUCUGCACCUUCCACAAGUACUCGGGGAAGGAAGGCGACAAGAUGACCCUGAGCAAGGGGGAACUGAAGGAGCUGGUGAAGAAUGAGCUGGGCCUGGGGGAGAGAAUGAAGGAAGGCGGCAUUGAGCAGCUCAUGAAAAGCCUAGACCGGAACAGCGACCAGGAAAUCGACUUCAAGGAAUACUCGGUUUUCCUGUCCACCUUGUGUAUGGCCUACAACGACUUCUUCCGGGGACAGAGCAAGUAG